CAAAAAUUGCUUUGCGGCAGGCAAGGAGCUUGCUCGCUCUUUGGCUUCCGUUCUUGACCCAUGUGAGUUACCGGCUACCGUGAUGAGCUCGAUGAAAGCUACGAAGAGCCUUCUGGCUUUGAGCCAGCAGGAUGAUCUAAUGGAUUUGCCAACUAACUACCCCUUGAGUGCCAGUGAAGAUGAGGAGGAUAGUGAUGGAGAAAGAAAGCAUCAGAAACUUCUGGAAGCAAUUGGUUCCCUUAAUGGGAAAAAGAGGUGGAAAUUGCCUGAGAGAUCUGAGGCUGGUCUGAAAGUGUCUGAGUUUAAUAUCCUUUCCACAGGAACUGGAGAAAAAUUGGCCCUUUCUGAUCUGCUUGGACCUCUUAAACCUUCACCCUCAUUGGCUACUGUCAAAAAGCAACUGAGUAGAGUCAAAUCAAAGAAGACUCUGGAAUUACCUCUUCACAAGGGAGAGGUUGAACAGAUCCACAGAGAAGUGGCAUUCAGUAAGACUUCACAAAUCCUCUCCAAAUGGGAUUCUGUUGUAAAGAAGAACCGAGAAGCGGAGCAGCUGGUUUUUCCUCUAGAGAAGGAGCCAUCUUUUGCUCCCAUGGAACGUGUGUUUCGUGAGUGGAAGGCAAGAACUCCACUGGAACAGGAAGUUUUUAACCUCCUCCAUAAGAACAAACAGCCAUUGACAGACCCUUUACUGACUCCCUUGGAAAAAGCCUCCUUCAAAGCCAUGAGCCUGGAAGAGGCUAAGAUUCGCAGAGCAGAGCUUCAGAGGGCCCGAGCUCUGCAGUCCUACUAUGAAGCCAGGGCUCGAAGAAUGAAGAAAAUCAAAAGUAAAAAAUACCAUAAAAUUGUGAAAAAGGGAAAGGCCAGGAAAGCCCUAAAAGAUUUUGAGCAGCUGAGGAAGGUUGACCCAGAUGCUGCACUGGAAGAACUGGAAAAAAUGGAAAAGGCUAGAAUGAUGGAGCGAAUGAGCCUUAAGCAUCAAAACAGUGGGAAAUGGGCCAAGUCAAAGGCCAUUAUGGCAAAAUAUGACCUGGAGGCCCGCCAAGCUAUGCAAGAACAGUUGGCUAAGAACAAGGAAUUGACACAGAAGCUGCAGGUUGUGUCAGAGAGUGAGGAAGAGGGAGGUGCUGAGGAGGAAGAAGCCCUAGUUCCUGAUGUAGUGAAUGAAGUACAGAAGAGUGCUAAUGGACCCAAUCCAUGGAUGCUCAGGAGCUGCAAUCAUGAUGCAGAAGAAAAUGAGAUCCAGGCCGACUCUGAACAACUGCCUGAGCCUGUGGCCCAUGAGUUGCCUAAAAAUGAGGAAAAUGAAAAACCAGUGGCAGAGGAAGAUGAUUUGUUGAAGGAAUUGGAGAAAAGGAGAUCCCUUAGGAAAAGAUCUGAGCUCAACCAGGAUGCUAAGCCACUGGAUGACCGAGAAACAAAAGAUUCUACCAGCCAGGAGGUAUUAUCUGAAUUGAGGGCAUUAUCUAAGAAACUCAGUAAGGGAAACCAUCUAUCAAAGAAGCAAAAAGAGAGUCCAGCAAAUACUGUUGGCCUGCUCCAGGAAGAGGAAUCUGCCCCAGAGAAAGAUGAGCCUCUAUUGUUGCAGAGGCCAGAGAGAGUGCGAACUCUGGAGGACCUAGAAGAGCUAGGUAAAGAGGACUGUCUUCUGAAUAAGGAUCUCCCUAGACCUUCAGUAGAAGGUGAGCAGAUGAGGAAACACUCGCAGAAUCAGACCAAGGGGAAGAACAAGAAGGAGCAAAUGAUCAGUCUACAGAACCUCCUGUUUCUUAUUAAAGCCCCUGAAGGUCCUCCAAGAAAAGAUAAGAAUUUGCCCAAUGUGAUUAUCAGUGAGAAGCGCAACAUCCAUGCUGCAGCUCACCAGGUGCGGGUGCUUCCGUAUCCAUUCACCCACCAUGAGCAAUUUGAAAGGACCAUCCAGAAUCCUAUAGGAACCACAUGGAACACCCAGAGAGCGUUCCAAAAGCUAACUGCUCCCAAGGUUGUUACCAAGCCAGGCCAUAUUAUCAAGCCCAUAACAGCAGAGGAUGUGGGUUACCGAUCUUCCCCAAGGUCUAACCUGUCUGUCAUGCAGAGUAAUCCAAAACGACACUCCAAACAUCAAAAACAACUGAAGAAAAGCUCUAUGGGUUAAAGUAUCUGAGGAGUGCCCUGUAUAUUCCUCUGCGUGGUCUAUGCUGCAAAAUGAAUUCCAAAACUGGCUUAAUAACACUGUGUGUGUAGUUAAGCCAUAUCUGAGAAAUAAAGGCAUUUUUCUACCUUUAUAACUGGACUACCUUCUGUAUUAUCUAUCUCCCUGUUGAAUCUUCACGACUUUCGAUGCCAUGGCUUCACUACUUAGCAUUUGUCAGGGGGACUUCCUUUCAUUAGCAAGACAAAAGGUCAUGAAAACUAAGGAAAUUAAUCCAAGUCUCUGGUUUUACAUAUAUCACCCAUCAGUCAUGAUCCACUGUAAAUACCAAUUUAUAGUCAGGGAUUGAGAAAGUACUGUGUGGUUUAACCCCUGAAUCUAGAAGCAUGUACAAACCACAGCUGGAUCCUGCCCUUGAUUGAUCAUAGAACCAAGCUGAACUGGGGUCUGACCCAGGAGUUGUAACUUAUCUUUUUGCAUCUGUGAGCUUUCCAGCUCAUUCAGGUUGCUGUGUAGAGUAUCAUUUGGAGGAGAUGUAACUCAGUAGGGAAAAUAGCUUCAGGAACUCCCUAAAACUGAUUUCAGCCCUUCAGUCCUCCCCUCCCCCAACCCCAAGAGAUGGAGAGAGACAAGCUGCAAAGAAGACCAACUUAAACUAGAUGUUUAGCUGCCUGGACGAGGGUUAGAUCAACUGCGGCCCUGGAAAGGACUCUCCAACGUGUUGAACUGCUUUGAGGCAGGGCAGUGUGCUCCAGGUCCCCAGAGUUGUGAGCUGUCACCCGUGCUGGGGUGGCUUUGAUGAUGCAGCUGAGUUUCAGUCAUUUGCUCCUGUACACAAGCCAAAUAAAACUCAUUGGUUCACCA